AUGGAGGAGCGGGACCGCCCGUCCGAGGAUGGGAAAGAUGAACCACCACCGUCGAACACCAUGGCUUUAGUACCUGGACCGCUUCCCUUGGAAAACUCUGAAACCUACAUUGUACAAAUCCCUCGUGAUCAAGUUUACCGAGUUCCACCUCCGGAAAAUGCUAAAAUCGUCGAGAGCUACCGCCGGCCGGCCCAACAUCGAAAGAAGAAGACUAAUUUUCGCGGAUCUUGUUUGUGGAUCAUCUUGACCUUUGCCCUCAUAGGCCUAACGGUGGGCAUUUCUGUUGGAGUGAUAAUUGCUUUAUACAACCCUAAAUAUCCGACUUUCUCUGUCACAAAAAUUCAUGUCAAGAAUUUGGAACAAUCCAUUAAUGGUCAUCAUGGUUCCGGCCACUCGCCGGAAUACGACGUCACAUUGCAAGCCCAUAACCCUAAUGAAAGAAUGGAUGUUUCUUACAAAGGAGCUGCCGGAAAAGCCUCCAUUGAACUCAAGAAACAAAAAAUUGCCCAAGGAGGAGUCCCAAAUCUGACCCAAGAUCCCAAUAGCUCCACAAAAAUUCCUUUGAUCUUGCAUGGCACAAAGGAGUCAAUCUCUAAUGAUAUGAAAAAGAGCCUCAAUGGUAAAAAGCCAAAAUCCAUGCAUUUGAAGAUUGAAGUGCCUAUGGAGGUUAAAAGUUGGGCCAAGACAGUGCAAAAGGACAUGGCCAUUACUUGUGAUUUCAAGGUAGAUUCAUUAUUAGGGAAAAAGACCAAGAUUUUAUCACAAGAAUGCCAAACCAAUUUCUAG